ACCAGCCUUCUGAUCAUGACUCUGAUAUUAAACUCUGCCUGUUGUAUCUGGAGGUUUGCAAUAAAGCCAAAGAUCCCUGGAAUCUGGUGUGUUGCAUUUGGGUCCAUAUACAACCCGUUACAAAGCUACUUAGAUUUUGGCGAUGAAUCCCUAAGGCGAAGUCUUGCUACUCCCUGGAUAUUAAUUAGAUAUCAGCUCAGCUCAAUGGUGAGAUUUAAAGCCAGUCUCCAAAUACCUGCAAGCACACAGCGGCUCAAUAUGAAGUCACCUUGAACAUAAAUCUGAUUUCUCGACACAGUAGAACUGCAUAUAGCUGUACUGUAGAUACAUGUGUAAUGAUGUCUAUAGAGACAGGCAGAUAAGGUAGGAGGUUGGAUGAUUAUGCAAUCAGUUCUCCAUGGGUACUGUUCAUUUCAAGCUGCAGUUGCACGAACAAUAUCAUUGCUUUUAGAUUGAGGUGUAUUGAAAAGUAGUGAAAAAUUGUUUUUGCGUAGCUUCAAUACAACUAGCCACCUUUUUAAUUUCCUGUAGCUCAUAGUUUCUCUGAGGGACAGCUGUCCUCAUCUAGUCCCAAACCUUUGAAAUACUGAGACAGAUUGUGAUGUGACACACCAUCGCAGAGUUACUGAAGACAGUGUAAAUGUAUUUUUCUAUGAUAGUUAUUCUUGACCCUGAAUGUGAACUUAGUGGUACAUCAUUAAUUAUAUUUCACCCUUGUGCUAUACAUUCACGGUCACUGUCAGCUCCACUAAAUUCAAACUCGGUCUGCCAGAAGUUGUAGGUUGGCAGUUUGGGUGGUUUGAUAAAUUGAGUCGAUACCACACAAAAAGAGCGGACCUAUACUUCCUCAUGUCCUGUGCUUUCUACACUGUACAUUCCUUAUCCUAUGAAAUCAUUCACCCAGCAGAAAGUACAUGUAGCUCUUCUCUCAUUUUAUACCUGCAUGAAUUGAUUAUUUUGACACUUGCAGGCAGACUAAUUACAAAUGAAAAAUGUGACCUCUUACAAAGAUAAAGAGGAGCUGCAGAGAUGGUGAUAAUUCCCUGUGGGUUGGUCACUGAGAGUGACAACCUUUUACAUAUUAUCUAAUCCAGGUAGCAAGUGGCUCCAAAGUUGACCUCUAUUUAGUUAGAAGCGUAUCAGGCCAAUACGUUCAGACUCGGAGACAAGACUUUUAAAUGACUUAUGUAAAUUUGUUUGUGUAGCUUGAGGAGGCUCUCGCUGCUUGCCCUGAUAUAUGAUGUUUUGAGUUGUUUCCCAAAUCUCUCCAAAAGCAGUAGUGCCUGCAAAGUUAGCAUUAGCAGUAGUCAGAGUUAUGAGAAUAAGCAAAACCCAGGUUUUAAAAUACUAAAUUUACCUUUUGUAAAUGGCAUUUGGUAUUUUCUUCUUUCAAAAAAAUGCUUUAGGAGUCGAACUCUCCAGCUCUACAGACACAUCCUUUUUUUUUUCAUGAAUGACUGAUGUAAUAUUUACUCAUACUAAUUAGAUACACUGUUAAAAUAAUGAUGUCCCCUGAUAAAGUUUUACACCAAACACAUUUUAAACAUACUGAACCCUCGUCUGGUUAUCACGGGGAUGUCAAAGUUGAGUUUGGUGUGGACUGAGGAGACUGGGACACGCCCAGCGAUAAACUACCAGGAGGAGGUGUCAUUCUCUUUGAGCUGCACAUGCUUCUAUUUAUAACAGAUAGCUGCAAGAGCGAGAGAGAGGGAGGGAGAUGGAGAGAGCGAGAGAGACAUUGGGAGUCAUAUGAACUACAGCUCAUUCCAGAGAUAGUGGCGGACAGAGCGCUCACUCUGUGCUCCCGUCUAUUAUUACACCAGAGCUGCAGAGCAUGUGGAAGAUGUGUUGCAACACCAUCAGAGGACUCUGAACAGAUUUUCGGGUUAUUGUCUAUCAUUGAAGGACAUAACUAAAUAUCAUAUUUGGGAAAACAGCAGAUUGACAAUGCCAGAGGAGAAAGUGUUUCAGCAGCAGGCUGUCCACAGCCCUCUGGAGCAGCAGAAGCAGAAACAAAAGCAAGGAGGAGGAGGAGGAGGAGGAGGAGGACCUAUCCCCUGUCAGAACUGUGGUAAGCCGUGCAAAGGAGAGGCACUCCGGGUCCAGAACAAACACUUCCACAUCAAGUGCUUCGCCUGUAAAGUAUGUGGUUGUGAACUGGCCCAGGGAGGAUUCUUCGUGCGGCAGGGAGAAUAUAUCUGCACUCUGGACUACCAGCGAAUGUAUGGGACUCGCUGCUUCAGCUGCCAGGACUUCAUUGAAGGGGAGGUGGUGUCCGCCCUGGGAAAGACUUACCACCCCCGCUGCUUCGUCUGCGCCUCCUGCAAACAGCCGUUCCCGGCCGGUGACCGAGUGACAUUUAAUGGGAAGGAGUGCAUCUGCCAAAAGUGUACACAGCCUCUCGCUGCCAACAGCCCUGCACCGAUACAGGCUGUCCACAACUGCUGUGGCUGUGGCAAGGAGUUUAAGAAUGAACAGUCUCUUGUAGCACUGGAAAAGCACUGGCACCUGGGCUGCUUCAAAUGUAAAGUCUGCAACAAGGUGCUCAAUGCCGAGUACAUCAGCAAGUAAGUCAGUCUGGCUGCUGUAAACAGUGCUAUAACUACUUCAUUAACAAUAUUACCUCUAUGCAAAGGGAUCCUGUAUGUUAAGCCGAUAUCAGAUGGUUAGUAUUGGAUGUCACAAUACUUACUAUCACCCAACGAUAUUUUUAUUUGGUCACAAAAAUGUCAUCUUUGCUCAAGACUGAUAGGAGGCGCCAGAGCUGAGAUUCAAUGUAAAAACACAAUAUAGAUAUAUAUGGAUUACAGAUACUAGAACCCAAAAGCACAACUCGGAGACAAGAUUCAGGUAUAGAUUUCUUUACUUGGUAAAGGCAGGGUCAACACCGGGAGGUCAGUCCAAAAGGCAAACAAAUCCAACAAGGGACAGGCAAAAAGCCAAGGUCGAGAAAACAGGCAGACCAGAAUAGAUAUCUAUCUAUAUAUAUAUAUAUACACACAGUUGUGUGAAAAAGUGUUUGC